AUGACUAAAAAGAAGCUGGAGAAUCUGGGCAUCGCUCUAGAGAUCGAUGGGCUGUUGAAGAAGCUGUCACAACGUCGGAGAGACCUGGAGGCUGUGAACUCCAGGCUCUAUGGGGCGAAGCUGAGCUCAGAGGCCAGGAGGUCUCUGGAGAAGGAGAAAAGCAGCCUGAUGAACAAAGCCUCCAACUAUGAGAAGGAGCUGCAGUUGCUUCGGCAGGAGAACCAGAAGAACAUGCUGCCGUCUGGGGCCAUCUUCCUCCUUCGGACCCUCAUCUACGCCUACUGGAUGCUGUGA